AUGGACGAUUUGUUUAAAGAAGUUUAAAAUCCUAGAGAAAAAAAUUUAAUAUAGGAGGCUAGAGAUCUAUUAGAUGAUGUGAAAAAGAAUUGUGAUUCAGGAAAAGAAAUAUUAGAUUUACAUAGAAAGAAAAAUGAAAAGUUAGUUUAUGGAAUUAAGCAGUAUAUUUCAGAGUAUUAAUCAAAAAAUUAGCAUUUGCGCUAGAAUUUUGAGCACUUUUAAAGAGCAAUAGAUAAUGGCACUCUCAUUAAAAAUAUUUAAGGACUUGAGUUUGAAGAUUUAUUUGACGUUCCAGUUGAUGCAACCACUUCUAAGGAUUAGAUAGGUAAAAGUGGAAGUUAGCAAAAAGGAUAGCCUUCAUGGUUUAAGGAUUUUAAAAAAGAAGAAUUUGAGGCUAUGAGAGAAAAUUUAGAGGCUUUAGCUAGGAAAAUGUAUAAAGCUAGAAUGGGCGAAGAUAUUGUAACAGAAAGAGAUUAGCUAUCUAGAGAAAUUGAUGAGAUGAUUGAAGAACUGUAAAUUAAUUACUAAUCGUAUGAUUGGGAAGUACCUAAAGAAAAAUUAAUACAAAUUGAACAAAAUAUUUUGAAAUUGAUGCAAUUCGACAUGAUUAUCCCAUAAAUAAUUGCUGAUGUUUUGAAUAGAGCUAGUGAAUUCGCUCGUUCACUUUACAAUACUUAUUUAGAAUUUCGCUCUUAGGCAACUAAUUUGCAUAAUUUAAUUUCUGCUUAUUCAACUGAAGGAGAUCGCUCUAUGCGCACUGAGUUCUUGAACAUCAACAACUCUGAUCCAGAACGUCUUAGAGUGAAGAGAUAUGGUGUAUAAAUUCGUAAUGAAGAACUUGCCUCUCUGCAGGAAGGAAGAACUUUAAAUGAAAAAAUAUUGUAUUUCAUGCUAGACUACUUCCAUGAAAGAAAUAUUUAUUACAAAACUCAUUAGCCUGGUUUGAACUAAUAACCAUAGCAAAUUACAUCUAAUACUGUUAAUUAAUCAUUUGGAAAUAUAGGAGGAAUGCCUAUUGGGUCUGGUAUUUAUGUAAUGAAAUCAGCAUUUUUCGAAGCACUAGUACCUCCUGGCUGCUCACUGAUGCCAGAAUCAGUAAAUUACGAUGGAGCAAAAAUGUUUACAUAAGAAUAUAGAGGCUUUAGAAAUACAAUUUUUGACAGAUUCGCUCGUAUUUUAAUAGGAGUAUAGAUAACAACUAACAAUUGGAUUCUAGUUGAAAUUAAAAACCACCCUGAAAAGGAAUUGUUAGUCUAUGAUUCAGAUAUGAGAUUCUUUGCAGGUUAUCAUGAGAGAAUAUGUUCUGUGAUACGUAAAUUUAUAUAAGAAGAAAUUCGUAAUAAGACAGAACUUUCAGAUACUGAAUGUCUAGAAAUAGCCAAUAAUUAUGCAGGAAGGACUGUUGCCUCUCCUUAAAAUCAAUUGCCUUAAGAUAAUGCAAUAUAUUUUGCUAAAAACUUAACUAUUAGCGGCUAAGGCAAUAAUGUACACAGCGGUAGUUAUAGAUUAGACAAUAUAAAUUCAUUUAGAUUAGAAUUAUUCACAUUCCUUCUAAGGAUUGGAAUAAACGUUGACCGUACACUUCCCUUUGAAAUUUUGCUUUGA